AUGGCGUUCGGGUUGUUAUUGGACUCCCUUAUUGGCGAAGAUCCAACUGGGAGUUUUAUUUUGUUAUGUCAAAUUAGACAGCCGUGUCCUGCCGAUAUUUACAUUGAGGUUAGCGGCGCGGAUCCUGAGCGCUGGAAAAAAGAGCAUAUGGCUUGCCUUGCGCACUAUUUCCAACCAUCCGAAGAAUUCUUCAAGGCUCAAGAUCCAUGUUGCCAACCGAAAACAAAGGAAGCACCUUCGUUCUGGCCACCGGAGCCGGCCGGGAUAUCUCCGAAACUCUGA